AUGGCUUUCUUUCGAGAAAUUGCCAGCUGGGAAACAUUGUUGACCGUUAGCGAGUCCUUUCCAAGGGCUGUUGAGAGGUUCCAUUUUGGGCGAACCCCAGCACAGUUCCCUCCAGGGGUUUCUCCUUGUCCAAUGGUGAUCGAAGGAUUCUUGCCUGCCGGAAGCAUUGCAUCACCGGUUUUGGCUCCGGGAGCUCGGGAAUCGGGACGUCAUAAAAAUUAUUCCAAAGCCUGCUCCGUGGCAUCAGAGGGCGCUGAUGUCGCAGCUCCGGGCGACGAGGACCACGGUCGCUCGGUCGAAGUUUGGGCAGGUCAGGACACCGCUCUUCAAGCCGAAGCGCCCCUUCCAUUCCACACGGCCUCGGCGAGCGGACGCAACCCAAAAACCUGGGGAUGCGGCGGCCGAAGCUUCGUUAUCGCUGAGCGCCAGGCUCAAGAAGUUGUCGAGAGAGACAUCGUGGUGCGUAAUGCCCAGAAGGUCAUCCCUGAGCGGGUCCAGACGUGGUGGCGCGAAUACCGGCACGCUGCCAAAGAGGCGAAGAGGGAACGGACUGGCGAGCUGGGCGAGCUCGAUGUUAUCGGCCAUGGGGUCGCGGAGGCUGAGCAGCGGAGCAAGCAAGAGGGAGCGAGUCUCGCCACGCAACUUGCGCUCGCAUACGCCAUCCACAAGAGUUUCAUCUUCAUCCGCGUCCCGCUGACGGCUGCCAUUACCCCCAAGGUGGUCAAGGUGCUCAGAUCAUGGGGCUGGCAGAUCGGCAAGAAGGUCAGCAAGAAGGCCAAGCGGUGA